AUGUCUUACAACAGAGAUACCAAAGCCGGCCGUUACGGCGAGUACAGCAGCAACGAUAGCUACGGAUCGUCCAACCGGACCGGGGGUUCCGAUUCCUAUGGCUCCUCGAAUCGCUCCGGCAAUGACUCGUAUGGUUCGUCCGGCUCUCAGAAUGACACCUACCAAUCGUCGUCGGGCAACACGUACGGCUCCUCGAACUCUGGUUCCAACCGUCGUGAUUACAACUCGUAUGGAUCUUCCGAUCGCUACGGCUCCGGUAACACUACCUAUGGGUCGUCGAACAACGACUCGUAUGGCUCUCGGGGUGGAAGCCGAUAUGACUAG